CCAAUAAAAUUGGCGACUUUGCUGGAGCUAAUCGGCGGUGAACUCGUUAUAACUCGAACGACAAGCUUUGCUCCUUCGGUGUCUGCUUCUGGGAUUAGUCUUAGUAUUAGUUGCUGCAGUUGCCAAAGAAGCAAUUACUGAUCAGCCUUCAAAGCUCGAAGCUUCCCUUUCCUCCUCGAGGCAACAAGCCUCCGAGUCUUCGAAAGCUGCAUUCAUGGGAUCGUCGCUGCAGGAGGAGCGGCGGCAGAGGCUGCUGGUGCGCACAACUGAGCCAGAGGGUCUUGCGGAGUACACAGGUGAUGGGUCAGUUGACUUUAGAGGUUAUCCUAUUUUAAAACAUAACACGGGGAACUGGAGAGCAUGCUCAUUGAUUCUUGGAACUGAAGUAUGUGAACGUUUGGCCUACUAUGGCAUCUCAAAAAGUUUGGUCACUUACCUUUCGAAAAGACUGCAUGAAGGAAAUGUCUCUGCAGCAAGGAACUUUACAACCUGGCAAGGAACUUGUUAUCUCACACCACUUAUUGGAGCAACCUUAGCAGAUUCGUACUGGGGAAAGUACCGGACUAUUGCUGUUUUCUCCGCUAUUUACUUUCUUGGGAUGGCAGCAUUGACACUUUCAGCAUCAGUUCCUUCUUUCAAGCCCCCUCAAUGUGUAGGGUCUAUUUGUCCACAACCGACCUUACCUCAAUAUCUUAUAUACUUUGUUGGAUUAUACAUGAUUGCUUUGGGGGCUGGAGGUAUCAAACCAUGUGUUUCAUCCUUUGGUGCUGACCAGUUUGAUGAUACUGAUCCGGUUGAGAAAACAAAGAAAGGCACUUUCUUCAAUUGGUUUUAUUUCUCCAUAAAUAUUGGUUCUUUGAUCUCAGGCACUGUUCUUAUUUGGGUACAAGAGAAUUGUGGAUAUGGUAUUGGAUUUGGAAUCCCUACUUUUUUCAUUGCCCUCGCUAUUGGAAGCUUUUUUAUAGGUUCGGAGAUAUAUAGAUUUCAGAUACCUGGAGGAAGCCCACUUACAAGAGCAUUUCAGGUAGUUGUGGCAGCCAUUCACAAGAGAAAAGCUGAUUUACCAGUUGAGAGUUCUCUUCUCUAUGAGCUUGAUGGUAAGACUUCAGCUAUUGAGGGGAGUCGUAAGCUGGAGCAUAGUAGCGAAUUCAGUUUCCUUGACAAAGCUGCAGUCAUUUUGUGGGAUGAAUGUGAUGGUUCUCCUAAUCCAUGGAGACUUUACACUGUCACACAGGUCGAAGAGCUCAAAAUAUUAAUGAGGAUGUUUCCAAUCUGGGCAACAGGAAUUGUGUUCUUCACAGUGUGUGCUCAAAAUUCGUCAAUGUUUAUAGAACAAGGGAUGGCCCUUGAUAACCAAAUUGGAUCUUUUAAGAUUCCACCAGCCACUUUGUCAUCCUUAGAUGUUAUCAGUAUUGUUGUUUGGGUCCCAAUUUAUGAAAGGUUUGUUGUGCCCGUAGCCAGGAGGUUCACUGGAAAUGAGAGGGGUUUCUCGGAGCUUCAAAGAAUCGGAGUUGGUCUAUUUGUGUCUACUACUGCAGUGGCAGUUGCAGCACUAGUCGAGAUUAAGCGUCUGCAGAUCGCAAGCGCAGAGGAUCUGAUCCAUCAGAAGGUACCUGUUCCUAUGAGCAUUCUUUGGCAAGCACCUCAGUACUUGUUGGUUGGUGUCGGCGAGGUGUUCACAUCCAUUGGUCAAGCUGAGUUUUUCUACAAUCAGUCUCCAGAUGCCAUGAGAAGCCUAUGCUCAGCUUUUGCUCUUGUUACUGUGUCACUCGGGAGUUACCUUAGCUCAUUCAUACUGGCCUUGGUGUCAUAUUUCACGACUCGAAAUGGCCAAUUGGGGUGGAUCCCUGAUAACUUAAAUGAAGGCCAUCUCGACCGCUUCUUCUGGCUGAUAUCUGGCCUCAGCUCUCUGAAUCUUCUUGUUUUCAUAUAUUAUGCACAGCAAUACAAGUGCAAGAGAGCUUCUGUAGUUUAAAGUUCUGGCUUUCCUGCCUGUUAUUUGUUGUACAGCAAGCUAUAUGUAUAAUCUGUCUUAUGUUCAAACACCUCCAGUGUAUAAUCUUUUCUGUAAUGUACAAGUUACAAGUAUUUCAUCCUCAAUGGUACUGAGAUGCAACAUUAAUUGGACAGUGGAAUCAGAUUUCCUUUUUUCCUCUGUUAAUCAAA